AUGAAGUUCCUGGCCUCGAUUUUGACCACCACAUGUCUGGCGGGCAGUGUCCUGGCUGCCCCCCGCGGCGGCCUGGCAGAACGCAUCCAGGCCCGGUCUGCGGCUCGUGGCUCGCGACCUUUCCAGCCACACUCCUCAGAAACAGACUCCAACCACCGAGAAGCAGUAGCUUCAUCGCCCAACACAUCCCACAUCACAUACAGCAGCAACUGGGCCGGCAUCGUUCGGGAGGAACCGCUCAGCUCAGGGCCCUACACAGCUGUGAGCGCGACUUUCCAAGUCCCACAACCCACCGCUGCAGGCAAUAGUCGUGGGACGCAGGCCGGCUCUGCCUGGGUCGGCAUUGACGGCGACACAUACAAUGCCGCUAUCCUUCAAACCGGUGUGGACUUUUACGUUCAGAACGGCAAGGUCACGGGCGACGCCUGGUACGAAUGGUACCCAGACUAUGCAUAUGACUUCGAUCUCUCCGUGAGUCCUGGAGACACCAUCGUGGCCAAGGUCCAGGCUCUCUCGCCCAGUCAGGGCGUAGCCACCAUCGAAAACAAGUCAACCGGCCAGAAGGCGUCGCAAACAAUCACCGCCCCCGAAGCGACUGCUACCUUGGCGGGAGAGAACGCCGACUGGAUUGUGGAGGACUUCCAGGCAGGCGAUGAGCAAGUUGCGCUCACGGAUUUUGGCACGGUCACGUUCACCGGCGCGGGGGCUAAGGCUGGGGGCCAGACUGUGGGUGUUCAAGACGGAACAAUCAUUAAGCUGAAGCAGAACGAUCAGGUGUUGACGGAGGUGGAUGUGCAGAGUGACACGAAGUUCAGUGUUACCUACACUGGAUGA